CUUGUAAACUUAAUCGUCGUACAUAACUACGUAUUGAGGGAGUGAAACAGCGCAUAAGUCCCACGUACUUCAACCGCCGACGUAACUGCACUUGCGCGGUUCAUCAAUCAAUAAAUAGUUUUACGUCCCUGGGAAAUAAAGAGUGUCGUCGAGAACCCUUCGCACGAAGCAUUCCUGCAAAGAAGUUCUUAUCGUCACGCAAGUGAACCUGUUGAGUGUGCGAUCGAGUGAAAGAUUAGUGAAAAUGAACACCGACGAAAGCUUUAACAAUAGGAAGCAGAAACUCAGUAACAUCAUUAAGAAGAUUACGGAAAGCCAGCUCUUGAAGACGCAGGGCGACCCCAACGCGCGUUCCCUUAGACAAGAUUGUAGCUUCGGGAUGACCACCAAAGUCCGAGACUCAGAGGCCAACAAGGGGAUCCCAAUGACGCAUCUCAGCGACAAAGAGAUGACUCACGUUGCUGGGAGCAGCAGCAGCCGACUGGACCUGCCGGGGCCGAGCUCGGAGGACGCAGCCUGCAUGCCGCCACCGCCACCCCCGGGACCUCUGGGUAGCACACAGACCCGUCUGUAAACCUGCAAACUCCAGGAGCUUUUUACCCUACGCCCGGCAACGCUUGGAUGGACAUAGAAAGUAAUAAUCUCUAUAAUUUACUUACAAUUGUCAUGUAAUGUGUUAAUGUACGUAUUUUUAAUUAUUAUUAAUUAUGGCAUCACCACAAAGCCUUGCGAGAUUGUAUUACUCAGGUAUACGGUCGCAGUAGUUUGUAUUAUUUAAAAUAGACGCCAGAGCGAUUAAUGUUUAAUGUAUGUUUUGCGCUGCUGAUGUUCUGAGAAUAAGAAUAAGGAUGGCGAUACAGCAGUCAAUAUGAACUGUGGUUGUCAUAUUUAGGUUCUAAAGCUCAGCGAUAUGAGACUCUCGAAUUAGAUGAGUGAUUGGUUUCUUGUUGUAUAUAAGCAAUAAUAAAAAACUAACUAAUCUGACUGUCUUAUCAAAAUUUCUAAAUUUCAACCCAAGCUCGCACAUUCUUAUAACUCAAUCAAAAGGUUUCUCAAAUAUUAUUAUAACACUUAAAGAAUCACCCUUUUAUUUUCUAGACAUUAGACAUCCUUUAAAAAAAGUAAAGUUUAAAUUCGCCAUUCCUAUUCGUAUAACGAUUGAUUGAUUUGAGUGAUGUAAUUAUAAUAAUUUUCAAACAUCUCCGUUUAAACAUUUAUUGCUUUCGCCUGGAAUGGAAUGCUCUUAUAUUGUACUAUUUAAUAAUUUAAUAUUAAGUAAGUAUUUCCCGGCUAUUAUGUACGUUAGUUAGGUUUAUAUUUUUAAUCUACAGGGUGAUUUCGAAGCUAAUCGAAAUAAUUUUGCUCAUCUUUACAAACGUUGAUUUUAAUCUGUUAUCUUAAAUGUGUAAGAGUAUUUUUUAGUGAAUUUUCUUCAGUUAGAUACAAAUGUAACCUUGACGAAAGAUUGAGCAGUAAAGACCACUUGAUCGAUCUUUCCUAUUUUCUGAGAAUGUGUAAGUAGGCUCAAGUAUUAUUACACCUACGUAUUUUUAUGAUACCUACGUAUUAGGAUAAUGAUGAGGUAAUAACUCUCUUUUGGAUUAAGUGUAUGAUACACUACGUUUAGUAUUACAGUAGGUGUUCAAAACAAAUUAUAAUAUCGUCACUACCUUGCAAAUAAAGAGCACUGGCGACUGAACAGCCUGUACCUAAGUGAACUAAAUGUUAAGAAUUUAUUUGUAGGAGUAAGUGACGUCCUGAUUGAGCUUAAAAUUAAUUAUAAUUAUUUGCGCCGUAAGUGUUAUUUAUUUAAAAGUAUAUUCAUUGUAAGUGCUUCUUUGGUAUUAAAUGAAGAAUUGUUUAGUUUAGCUUUAAAUUAAAAGUUAUUACAGUAAUAGAAACGAAUGUUACUAGGUAUUAAUAGGGACAUUCCAUGAAUGUGUUAUCGUAAGUAUUAUACGCCAUCCCGGAGUUGCUUGGAGCCCACUUGGUUUAAUAAUAUGUAUUGAUGUAAAUGUAGGUCAAUGUUCAAUGAUUCUUUCCAAUAAUAAUAGUAAGUGUUUAAUAAUAUUUUCCAAUAGUAAACGUCUGAAUGUUCUUCCAGUGUUAUAUAAUCAUCUUUUUAUAGUUUUUACUUCAUAUCACGAACAUAAAUUCAAAAGUUCAUAAUAGCCAAAAUAAUAUUCAGAAAUGUGAUAAUAGUAAAAAAGGAAAUUCUGAGAAUAUUUUCAUAAAAAUUUUGGACAAAUCUGAUGUUUGGUUGAGUGACAUUACAAGUUACAUUAACGAGAUUUGAUACAUUAAUCACAAUAAACAUAUUCCAUUAAUACUGCCUGUACAUAUUAAAUAUUUGCUAAUAAUACAAUUUACCGAUACAUACUUAUAUAAACGUUUCCUUCUCAACUUUGGAUCUCUGCAUUUUACAUACUGAAUUACACAUUUUACAUUAUCCUGUGGAAUCAGUCGGCAUUUUUGAUAAUUCUAUUUUUCUCAAAGUAUUGUAUUUGUAUUUUAAGAUUUUCCGAUAUUGAUGUUUGUUGGAUUUAUUGUAACGACUAUCUUAAGCCGUUCACACAAAAUUGUAGUUUCUGAAUAAAAUUAAAUGAAUAAAUA